UACGAAUAUGGCGGUUAUGUUCCAGUUUCAACCGGUUGAGGAAAUUUCGAUGCUUUACUUAAAAAGUUGGGUGUAUGUCAGUGGAAAAGUUCUUCGAGGUGUUAUUUCCAUAAAAGGUUUUGAUGCCACCCAUAACAAUGAAUUCGGUUAACCUCUCUGAGGAGGCUGCCAAGCUUCUGGACUUCAGCCAGAAGCUGGACAUCAACCUUUUGGACAAUAUAGUCACAAUGAUGUACACAGGCAAUGGACCACAGCAAAGAAUGGCACAAGAAGUAUUGACAACACUGAAAGAACAUCCAGAUUCUUGGACACGAGUGGACACAAUUUUAGAAUAUUCUGUAAAUCAACAGACCAAGUACUAUGCCCUCCAAAUCUUGGAAAAUGUUAUUAAAACAAGAUGGAAAGUUUUGCCACGAGCACAGUGUGAAGGUAUAAAAAAAUACAUUGUGGGUUUAAUCAUCAAAACAUCAUCUGAUGCUGCCUUAUUGGAGAAAGAAAAAGUCUAUGUUGGAAAACUCAACAUGAUCUUAGUGCAGAUUUUGAAAUAUGAAUGGCCUAGGAAUUGGCCCUCGUUCAUCAGUGACAUUGUAGGAGCUAGUAAAACAAAUGAAUCUUUGUGUCAGAACAAUUUGACAAUUCUUAAACUGCUCAGUGAAGAAGUCUUUGACUUCAGUAGUGGUCAGAUGACACAGGCCAAAGCCAAGCAUUUAAAGGACAGCAUGUGCAGUGAAUUUUCCUCUAUCUUCCAGCUGUGCCAAUUUGUCAUGGACAACUCUCAGAAUGCACCAUUGGUUGGGUCUACUUUGGAGACACUUUUGCGAUUCCUAAACUGGAUUCCACUUGGUUAUAUUUUUGAGACAAAGUUGAUCACCACACUCAUCUACAAGUUUUUGAAUGUUCCAUUAUUCAGAAAUAUUACCCUUAAGUGCUUAACAGAAAUAGCUGCCGUCUGUGUUCAACAAUAUGAUGAGCAAUUUGUUCACCUGUUCAACCUCACAAUGACUCAAUUGAAACAGAUGCUGCCUCUAGACACAAAUUUGAAGGAGGCCUAUCAGAAAGGAACAGAUGAUGAACAAAAGUUUAUUCAGAACCUGAGUCUGUUUCUUUGUACAUACCUGAAAGAACAUGGACAACUGAUUGAGAGAAAACAAGAGUUACACAGUGUACUACUGGAGGCCCUUAAUUACCUUAUACUAAUAUCAGAAGUGGAGGAAGUGGAAAUCUUUAAAAUUGCUUUGGAAUACUGGAACACACUGGCUGCUGAUCUGUACAGAGAGAGUCCAUUUUCUUCCAACACAUCACCUCUGCUUAUAGGAAAACCCCACCACAAUGAUGUGCCUGCCCGGAGACAGCUCUAUACACAAGUUUUAUCAAGGGUCCGACGGGUCAUGAUUUCAAGAAUGGCUAAGCCAGAGGAAGUCCUUAUUGUGGAGAAUGAGCAGGGAGAGGUUGUAAGGGAAUUUCUCAAAGAUACAGACUCCAUCAAUCUGUACAAAAACAUGAGAGAAACACUAGUGUAUCUUACUCACUUGGAUUACAAUGACACAGAGUCUAUCAUGACAGAAAAACUUCACCAUCAGGUAGACGGUACAGAGUGGUCUUGGAAGAACCUGAAUACGUUGUGCUGGGCCAUAGGAUCCAUUAGUGGAGCCAUGCAUGAAGAUGACGAAAAAAGGUUUCUAGUAACGGUCAUCAAGGACCUGUUAGGGUUGUGUGAACAAAAGAGAGGAAAAGACAACAAAGCUAUUGUAGCCUCCAACAUUAUGUACGUGGUGGGACAAUAUCCUCGCUUCCUAAGGGCACACUGGAGGUUCCUCAAAACAGUCGUCAACAAACUCUUCGAGUUCAUGCAUGAAACCCACGAUGGCGUACAAGAUAUGGCAUGUGAUACCUUCAUUAAGAUCGCCCAGAAGUGCAGGAGACAUUUUGUUCAAGUCCAGGUUGGAGAGGUGAUGCCAUUCAUAGAGGAAAUUCUAAAUGGAAUUAACACAAUCAUCUGUGAUCUACAGCCACAACAGGUGCACACAUUCUAUGAAGCAGUGGGGAUGAUGAUCAGUGCUCAGAAUGACCAGGUAGCCCAGGAACAUUUGAUAGAGCGAUACCUCUUGUUACCAAACCAAGUGUGGGAUGGAAUUAUAAACCAGGCAACACAAAACGUGGAAGUUCUCAAGGACCCUGAUGCUGUUAAACAACUAGGAAACAUUCUCAAAACAAAUGUUAGAGCAUGCAAGGCACUAGGCCAUCCUUAUGUGGUGCAGUUAGGAAGAAUUUAUCUGGACAUGUUGAAUGUAUACAAAGUGAUGAGUGAGAACAUUAGUAGUGCAAUAGCAACAAAUGGGGAGACUGUGACAAAACAGCCACUGAUACGCAGCAUGAGAACGGUGAAGAAAGAGACACUGAAGCUUAUAUCUGGCUGGGUCAGUCGCUCAAAUGAUCCUCAGAUGGUGGCAGAAAAUUUCAUCCCACCGCUUCUAGAUGCAGUACUACUAGACUAUCAGAGAAACGUUUCUGCAGCAAGGGAACCCGAGGUCCUCAGCACCAUGGCAACCAUUGUCAACAGAUUAGAGGGCCACAUCACUAAGGAUAUCCCACAGAUAUUUGAUGCUGUGUUUGAAUGUACACUAGAAAUGAUCAAUAAAGAUUUUGAAGAUUUCCCAGAACACCGAACAAACUUUUUCUUGCUGUUACAAAGUGUUACUUCACAUUGUUUUGAAGCUUUCCUUAACAUCCCCCCAGAACAGUUUAAAUUGGUAUUAGAUUCUGUGAUAUGGGCUUUCAAACAUACAAUGAGGAAUGUGGCAGAUACUGGCCUGGACAUUUUAUACACGUUGUUACAAAAUGUGGCAAACCAUGAUGAAGCAGCACAGAGCUUUUAUCAGACAUAUUUUACGGACAUUUUACAGCAUGUGUUUUCUGUUGUGACGGAUAGUUCUCACACUGCAGGAUUGACAAUACAGGCUUCAAUCCUGGCAUACAUGUUCACUCUGUUAGAGAAUGGAAAGAUCACUGUGACCCUUGCCCCCACUUCAGGACCUCCCAUGCAGAAUGUACCCUACAUCCAACAGUUUCUCAUGAAUCUCCUUAAAUCUGCAUUCCCUCAUCUUAAUGACCCCCAGAUUAAAAUAUUCAUUGAAGGUCUGUUUAGCUUUGACCAAGACAUUGCAGCAUUCAAGGAGCACCUAAGGGACUUUUUAGUACAGAUCAGGGAGUUUGCUGGUGAAGACAACCAAGACCUGUUCCUGGAAGAGAGAGAGAUGGCCAUCAAGCAAGCUCAGGAGGAGAAACGUAAAAUUCAGAUGUCUGUGCCAGGAAUCUUGGGACCUCAUGAAAUUCAAGAGGACAUGCAAGACUAAUUUAUUCAGUGCUUCCUCUGUGUUUGUGUGCAAGAAGUUCCAAUUUGUAUGAAAAAUUCAAAAGAAAAAUGCACCUAAAACAUAUUCUCAGUAUAGUUCAAUGUGGUGCAAGCAUGUUCCCAUGAGGCCUUAUAGAUGGGAAGAAGGUAUUUGGCAGCAUUUAGGUACCUGUCACUUAAAUACAAUCAUGGCAGUAUUUGUGAGCUCGAUUUUUGUCAGUGGGAGGAGAAAGAAGAUUCCUGCUUUGUGACACAACCUGAACUUGUUCAAUGUGAUGCUACAUUUUUAUUCUCAGUGUCUGACAGUGGAAGAGCUACAUAAUUUUCCAGAAAUGUUUGAGAGAAAUGAAAUUGUAACCAGAGGUCUGGGUGUAUUUAUCUCCCAAAACAAAACAGUGUGCUUCUAUACCUUAAUUUGAUUUACAAUAUUUGUAUGGUUGAACAAUGAUUUUUUUUUUUGUUGACUGGUAAGGUAAAUACUACUAAACGUAACUUUUUUAGAAUAGUGCAUUCAAAGUGCAAUAAUGAUUCGUAUCAUAGGUAUCUCAUUCUUUCUUUGAGAAAAUUGUAUUCAAAUCUUUUUAAACAGGUUCAGCAUAGCAUUGAAAGCAGUUUCAUGAUGUCAUAGUUUGUGAAAAAAAAAAUGAGCCCAACAUACAGAAAAUUUUAACAAGCAGAGUUUAAGAUGUUUGUUUAGUCUUCUCAAGCCUGCUGUAUUUGUGACUUGAUUACAGUUAUUCCAUGCCUUUGUUAACAUUCUUUUUGUAAUAUAUACAUGUAUACUUAUUUUGGACUGGGCUGAAAGCUUGUCUAACAUAUCUUGUGAAAUGUUCAUCUUUGUCAUAUUGCAACUUGCGAUAAGUACAUGUAUAAAUGCUAAUUUAAUGUUUCAUAUUUAUUGUUCAGUCCUUUCCAUGGCAUUUCUUCUCAUGAGUGAAUUUGUUGUACCUGUGCUGAGAAAUCAAAUAAAUAUAUAAUAUUAGUAUAGUGUAUUAUUAUGGUAAAUGAAAAGUUGCACAUUGUCUUUUUUAUGAAACAUUAGCAAAUUAUUGUAAAUUUCAUGUCAUUUAUUGAAUGUUCAAUUCAUGAAACAGGGGUUUUUCGUGUGUAUGUGUUCAUCAUACGUCAAUUUCUCAUGUAAGAUCUGCCUCAAUAUUAGUCUAAAAAUCUCUUAAAGUACCGGUUAUAAAAAUAAGUCAAUUUGAGCACUGUCUAAAACAAUAAUAUGAAUACACUUCAUUAACAUUGUUUUGCUAGAACAAUGAAAAGCUGGAUAUGCAGUAAACUUUGUAUCAAAGUGAAUUGCUGUAUAAUUUUUUUUUCUUUGGUGCUUCUGUGAGUGUGUGUAUAAUAGUUAAUAUUCUUUGUUACUCAGCUAAUAUCAAGUGUGAUCCAGAUCCUCUGUUAUACAUAGUUAAUCAUGCAUUGUUUUCAGAUAGAAAAAAAGACAAGAAAAGUUUAAUAGAAAUUAAAUAAAUAA